CUUUCUUCACCACCCCUCCAGGGCAGCUUAACCCCAUAGGGUAGUGGUGGAAUUACUACUGGUUCUGUGCGCUUGGCUUGAUGGGCAUGGCAGGGGAAGGAUACUGCAAAAUCUCCAUUCCCACCCUCCAGGGGCCUCCAGGGGCCAGCCAGAGGUGGUAUUUUCCUGUUCUCUGAACUACUCAACAUUUCUGCUACUGGUUCUCCAGAACCUGUCAGAAUCUGCUGAAUAGCACCCCUGACAUAGGGUCUCCCAGCAAGCACUUGCUGGCUGCAUUUCACAGAGCCUGGCGGAGCUCUGCUGUUUUCCAGCCGUUCUCACUGCAACAUCAGCCAGGACUAGAUUAUCCUUAUGGUAUGUUCCAACUCAACAAUUCUGUGAUUCUGUUAUUCAGGACAGCUCUGAUGUUCUCUGACUUCUCGUGAACUGGAAUCCAUAUUCUACAUUCAGGCAGGAGAGUAUCUUGGAGCGGGUCAUUACCAGAGGUUCUUUCAAAUGAUCCUUGUCCUGGGGAUUGGUGGGAAUCUUAUUGUUGGCUACCAGAUUUCUGUGAUCAAUUACCCCUCUGUGUACAUCAAGAGGUUCAUGAAUAAAACCUGGCUGGAGCGCACUGGAACCCCCCUCAAUGAAAAGACACAGCUCUUCCUGUGGUCAUUUGCUGUGUCUGUCUACGGAGUAGGAGGCCUGUUGGGAUGUCUCUGCAGCGGAUUCCUGACUGUGAAAUAUGGGAAAAAGAAAUGCCAGCUGAGCACAAACCUCCUGGUCAUCCUGACGGCUGUAGUCAUGGUCUGCAGCAAGAGAGCCAAGUGCUUUGAAAUGGUUCUCCUUGGACGAUUUGGUUACGGGAUAUGUGCUGGCCUCUGCCAGGCUAUUCAUUCUCAGUAUGUUGGAGAAAUUUCCCCCAAGAAAUGGAGAGGACUUGCAAAUGCUACCUCAGGAUUCUUUUGGUCUCUGGGGAAAUGCUGGGGCCAAAUCUUGGGACUCAGGGAACUCCUGGGAACUGAUUCAUCGUGGCCUCUGCUGCUGGCCUUCCCUGGUGUGGCAGCGUUCCUCCAGCUGCUCCUCCUGCCCUUCUUCCCUGAGUCUCCUUCUUAUCUCUUAAUCCAGGAGGGGGAUGAGGAAGGCUGCCUGAAAGCAAUGCAGCAGCUGUGGGGCCAAGGGGAUCACCAGGAAGAGCUUGGGGAGCUGAAGAAAGAAAUGGCCCCAGGAGGGAAAAGGAGCAAAGUGCUUUGGCCAGGAGAGCUGCUCCACGAUGCAUCACUUCGCCAGCAGCUGAGCAUCCUAGUGGCUGUCAUUGUCACUGUGCAGCUCUGUGGCAUCAAUGCGGUUUAUUUCUAUGCUUUCGAAAUGCUUCACAAUGCAGGUUUAGAAGAAAGACUUAUCCCCUACGUCUCCCUGGGCAUCGGCUUCUCUGAGCUCUUCUCAUCUUUCCUUUGUAUAUUUACCAUUGAACGGUAUGGACGGAGGCCGCUGGUGUGGAAAGGCUGUGGGUCGAUGGCCUUGGUGCUCUUCUUCCUCACAGGGACACUUUCUCUGCAGAAAAACCUCCCCUGGAUGUCUCUCUGCAGUGUCAUCCUGAUUUUCUUGCUUGUCAUCCUCUUUGGAGUUGGACCAAAUGGAGCCACAUUCUCUAUUAUGAUGGAAAUUUUCAGCCAGUCCUCCAGGCCAGCAGCGUUCACGAUCGGUGGUUGUCUAAGCUGGGCAGGCCUCUUCAUUGUCGGAAUCGCCUUUCCCUUUGCUGAGGAAAGUCUGGGCCCCUUUUGCUUCCUUCUCUUUGCCACCGUGCUCUCUGGCUCUGGGAUAUUCUUCUACUUAUUCCUUCCGGAGACAAAAGGCAAAUCUGCAGUAGAGAUCACAGAGGAAUUCAACAGAUCGUCUUUGGGAAAGAAACUUGAUGUUCUCAGGAAAAAUUUCAGUGAGGACCAUUCGGUCUACUCCAGUUUCUGAGUUGCAUCUGCCGAGGAAGAACCUCUGGGAGGAAUACCUGAUUUUAAAGGGUAUGGGGAUCACAAAGGGCUCUGCUGCCAAGACGAACUUUUCCCCUCUCUUGUGAUGCAGCAGUUUUGGCUCCUGGGAAGGCACAGGUGCUUCCCCCCCCCCGGAAGUGUCACUCUUCAUUUUUAAUCUGAACACAAUGGCCACCUACAAAUACAGAGAGUCAUCUUGUAGCCCCCAUCCUUCAUGGCAUUGAGGUGACCUAUUGAUCCCUCCCAACAUGUUAUCAUGUUGCCACUGCUUGCUGGCUUCAUUUCUGUUCAAACUCAAAUGCUUUUCCUGCACAUAGUUUUCUUUAUUGUUUUUCACUGGUUGGAAAAGCAACUCAUGGCUCUGCUCAAAUCUCAAGUCAAUCAAUUAAACCAAGCUAAUUAAUGUGUAAAAAUGGCUGCUUAAGAGUUACUGUUUGGAAUUAUUUCCUUCCAUUCCUUCUAUCUUUCUUUCUGCUUUAUGACCUAAACAAAUAAAAUACCCAAGGGUAUGUUUAUUUCUGAGCAACUUGGAAUAUGUAGAAUAAAAAUGUAAAAAAAAGAGACAGUAAUUCAAUUCCAAGAUGCUCCCUGUCCAAGUCCAAUUCACUCAAAACAUAUUGUGUACAAUGGUUUUCAGCAAGAGGGCUGAAACAUUUGGCUUUUGACUCAAUUCCUGGGUUUUUCUUCUUUCUAAACUAUAGCUGUGCAGUGUUGCCUAAGUUUCCAUUAAGUAAUUUUUAUCAAAUCUCCACUUAGAGCAGGGAAAGGUAACUUUUACUUCAGCAUUCAGGUUUGGGGCCUGACAGGGCAUAUUUCAGGAGCCCAGCUGAAGAUAAGUCAACCAUAUUCCUUUGGUUGCCAAACAGCCAAGCAGCCAUCUGGAGCACCAGGGAACUACCAGAGGACUGGAAAAGAGCUGAUGUGGUUCCUAUCUUCCAAAAAGGGAAAAAAUGGAUACAGGAAACUACAGCCUAAUCAGCUUGACAUCAAUAACUGGGAAGAUUCUGGAAAAGAUAAUCAAGCAAAAAGAUUUGCAAAUACCAAGAAACAAGCAAAGCAAUUACCAGAAGCUAAAAUGGGUUUGUCCAAAGCAGAUCACACCAGGCAAACCUUUAUCCUUCUUUGAUAAAGUAGCAGAACAACAAAAUCAAUGAAUUGAGUUGGAAGGGAUUCCUGGAGGCCUUCUAGCCCAAUCCCCUGCUCAAGCAAGAAACCAUUUCAGACAAGUGACUGUGGGAAAAACCACAGAAAAAGAGACAGACACUUCAAAACAGGGAAGAGAGAGAUGAAUUUUUCAAGACAGAGAACAAAAGGCCAAGAACUCUUGUAAACUGUAAACUGACACUGCAACAGGAAAAAUAUUUAGUUUUUAGACAUUUUGAUUUUUUUAACAAAGAAAAAAGUCAUGGAAAUAGAGACGGACACUAUAGUGACUUGCAAAGUGUGCCAUAUGUUUCAGCUUAUGUAUGUAUGUAAACUACUUGAAUAACUAGAAAAAAAAGUAAAGGGUUUAUAGGCAACUCUAGCUACUCUGAAACUCAAUGAAUGAAGUGAGAAAUCCCAACCUAAACAAGAAGACUACACCAAAAUAAAAUAGGGAGCAAACAGCUUCUUUAAAAAAUGACCCCAUAUAUGAACAUAAAGAAGAAAACAGAUACACCCAUAUUGAACACAAUAGGGAACAAAAAGCUUCCAUAAAAAUGCCCUUACAUACAUCCCUAAAGAAUUGAAUUGAAACAUGUCACUUUUAGAAGAAAAGAGCAAAGCCCUCACUAUCUACCCUAGCCCACUCCACUGAAAUCCCUCUGGAGCUGAACCUUGGGCAAGAGUGACCAUGUCAUACGGGAAUUCAAUAUAAUACAAACACACUUCAAAAGUCCUGAACAAAGACUUGCAACAAAAGUCAAAGAUAAUAUAAAAAUGUUUCUUUCAACAUAACAACAUAAUGUAGCUAUUUUGCUGCUCUUAUUGCGUCAUCAGAUAAUCGCCCGGCCGCCCUGUUCAGGGUGACCCGCUCCCUGCUCCACCAGGAAGCGCGGGAGGACCCCUUGGAGGGUAGAGCCGAGGAUUUUGUUCAAUAUCUGUAUGACAAAAUCACUCAGAUUCGGGAAGAUCUGGACUCCGACUGGGUAGUCUCAGGAGGAGGGACAGGGGCAGGUCUUGAGAAUGUUAUCUGGGAUGAGUUUGAUCCUGUGACCCCUGAGGAUGUGGACAGGAUUCUGGGUAGACUGAACGUGACCACUUGUUUAUUGGACCCGUGUCCCUCCUGGUUAGUGCUGGCUUCUCGGGAGGUGACACGAGGCUGGUUCCAGGGGAUUAUAAAUGCUUC